AUGUUGCCUCGUGAAAUGCAAGGUAUCCUGGCGUGCUGUAGUCCGGUACCGUUGCAUGUGAAGCAAGAAUUGCAUGCGCUACAUCGUAUCAUCAGCACGGCUCGUGAUCAGCCUCUGGUGAAACGAGCAGUAUCUGCUCCAACUAUUGGCACAUUGACAUUCGAGAAUGUCGUUUCGCAAAUUCGCAAUAUUGCUUAUGAGAAAUUUGGCGGUGGUAAAGAUCUAGAAAGUGGUAACAAAAGCAACAACCCUCAUACUGCAUCUCCUUCCCCUGAUGUCUACAUAAUUGGCGAAACUGGCUUUGACCAAGAAACGAAACAACGUUUAGCAAAAGUGCUAAAGAUGUUGGAGGAAUGGGCAACACCGUUUGAAUGCUAUCGUAUCACUAUGAUGGAGAAAAAAUCAAACGCAGUGGAGCAAGAGGCUGAGAAGCCGGAAACGGAAAAAAGUGGAACCGAAGUAAGCAGUGGAAAGAAACUGUGGUCACAUUUCGAUCCUGCCACAAAUCGCGGACCUGCUGGAGAAAAAACUUCUGAUGGGACAAAUUUGGAAGAUGGGGCACAAUGCAAAUCUGAAAAGGAGGUAAUUUACAUCGAAGAGGUUAUGACUUUGACGGAAAAAGAGCGGAGAAAGAAGAGAAAACGGGUACUUUUUUAA